GGAGUUCAGUCGGUCUUCGCGAAUUGUUCGGUCAACAGGUUCUGCCCAUCAAUCCGUGUAGCCCGGUUUACAGAUAGCAGCUAAUUAGUCUUUCCGGAAAAUUGUACCUUGAUGAACAAUCCUUUAAAACACAAAAUCAUUGCUCAUAGUCGGCGCUGUUCAGGUGUGCUUCUGUUGAAAGAGUGAUAAUUGUAACCACUGGAUAAAAAACGGAGAAAAAUCACUCCUCCGUCUUAAUAAUCCAGAUAGCGGUCGACACCUGAUUAAUUACCAUCCAUUAGUCUCACCCACCGAAUUGCGACGCGGCUGAGCACACUAGAAAAGCGCAAUACCGCAACCACCACCGCAAUGGAUUUCGACGAGUAUCGUAAGCGAGGCAAGGAAAUGGUCGACUACAUCGCUGACUAUCUGCAGAACAUUCGCGAACGGCGGGUCCUGCCGGACGUAAAGCCAGGCUACAUGUCGAACCUGUUGCCGGAAUCGGCUCCCCUCGAGGGUGAACCCUGGCAGGCGAUAUUCGAUGACGUCGAGCGAGUCAUAAUGCCGGGCGUUACGCACUGGCAAAGUCCACACAUGCAUGCAUACUUUCCGGCGCUCAACUCGUUCCCGUCGCUGCUCGGCGAUAUGCUGGCCGAUGCCAUAAAUUGCCUGGGAUUUACAUGGGCAUCGUCACCCGCUUGCACCGAGCUGGAAUCAAUCGUAAUGAACUGGCUAGGAAAAAUGAUUGGCCUGCCGGACGAUUUCCUGCACAUACCGGGCGUCAGCAAGGGAGGCGGGGUGAUCCAAACGACGGCCAGCGAAGCAACACUGGUUUGUCUCCUGGCGGGAAGGACGCAAGCCAUAAGGAGAUUCCACGAGCACAGCCCCGGUCAGCAGGAUGCAGAAAUCAACGCCCGGCUGGUGGCUUACUGCUCGGACCAGGCUCACUCCAGCGUCGAAAAGGCGGCCCUAAUCGGAUUGGUGCGGAUGCGAUUCAUUGAAGCUGAUGAGAACCUCAGUUUGGCUGGCCGGGCUCUGGAGGAGGCCAUCGAGGAAGACAUCAAGCAGGGACUGAUUCCGUUCUGGGUUUGCGCCACCCUGGGAACCACCGGAGCGUGCGCCUUCGAUAACCUCUCCGAAGUGGGGGACGUAUGUCUGAAGUACAAACUCUGGCUUCACGUCGAUGCCGCCUACGCCGGAAGUGCAUUCAUCUGUCCGGAAUUUCGCAUCUGGCUGAAGGGCAUAGCCAAGGCGGACUCCAUCGCUUUCAAUCCGUCCAAAUGGCUGAUGGUACACUUCGACUGCACUACGAUGUGGGUUAAGAACAGUGGAGCACUUCAUAGGACUUUCAACGUGGAACCCUUGUAUCUUCAACACGAAAACUCCGGAAUGGCGAUCGAUUACAUGCACUGGCAAAUCCCACUGAGCAAACGUUUCCGAGCGUUGAAGUUGUGGUUCGUCAUACGCAACUAUGGCAUCAAGGGGCUGCAGAAGCACAUCCGCGAAGGAGUUCGGUUAGCACAAAAGUUCGAAGCCCUUGUUCUGGCUGAUCAUCGGUUUGAGAUUCCGGCUGCCAGGCACCUGGGUAUGGUUGUGUUUCGAAUAAAGGGUGAGAAUGAGCUGACGGAGAAGUUGCUGAAGCGCUUGAACCAUCGUGGAAAUCAGCACGCCGUUCCAGCGUCCCUGAAGGGGAAGUAUGUCAUUCGGUUUACCAUAACGUCUACGUACACGUCGAACGAGGAUAUUCUUAAGGACUGGAAUGAAAUCAAAUUGGUUACGAGUGAAUUGCUGCAUGAGCUGGAUGUGAAGAUCGUGGACAGGAGAGUUCCUCUGAAAGAUACCCGCGAGAAGAACGAAGCGUUCGGAUCGAGCCUCCUGUUGGCCAAUUCCCCAAUGUCACCCAAGAUUGUGAACGGAUCGUUUGCUGCGAUUUUCGACGCGGACGAAUUUCUGGCCAAAGUUUACGCUGGAAUUCGGAUCUCGAACCAGGAUUCACCGGCCAUGAGACGUCGCGUGAGGGGAAUCCUCAUGUCCGGAAAGCAGUUUUCGCUGGACUCCCGAAUGGAUCUGGUCGUGCAAGGGAUCAGCCCGAGUGAGGUUAAAAACGGAAUCGAAUCCAAGGCCAUCACCGAAGACAGCGAAGAGGUUUGGGAAGCUUGUGAGCAGAUGGAUAUUGUAGACCAAGACAUCCUCUUCGAGAACCUCGAAUCCCAGUUCCUGUUACCGAUUCCGCUGCCCUGCUCGACACCACCUCCGACGCCACGCCGUCAACUCCGGUCCCAAAGUGUGGAUGUCGGCAUGAUUCGUGCCCAACUUAGUCGAAACAACGCGCUUCUCAACAUUAACCGCCUAACCGUACCAAACGCCUGCAGUAAAUCCGAACCAAUCUGUUUUGCCGAUUCGCUAGACCAAAUUUCGUCGCUGGUGUCCAACGUCAAUUCGGCCAAAACAUCUUUUGAGUCCAAUCUGGAUUCGAUCGACGAAAACGGCUCGCUGAAGAGUUUCAAGCAGGGCCAAAGCUCGAAACGACGUUGUUCGGACAAUUCACAUCUUUUUUCAUUGACCAAGCCGAAUGUUUUCCCUGAGAAACGCCAAUCGGAACCUUCGAUUCGGUAUGCGUUCUACAACAAGAGUUUCGAUAUGCUCUGCCCAAAGCAGUCGACGAAGCGAGUCCUGUCCCAGAACGAUGUUACCAGAAAACCCUUUCGGCGGCAGAUCUCAACGAUCCACGAAUUGAUCAGUGAUGAAGCUAUUUUGGAUGGUGAGCAAGAUUGGAAGAAGCUGAAUUUGAUUACACCGCCCAAAUUUCGGUGUUGCAUCUCCGAUGAAGACGGGAGGUGUAUCAACUUCGACCCGGUCUAUCACAACCACGAGGCGGAUCUGAGCGAAGAGGAAGUAACGGAGAACGUGCUUGCAUUUGAGGAGAAUUUCGUUGACAGGAUAGAUCAGGUUUGUCCUCAGCAGGAAGAGUUGGAUUUGGGAAGUAUCGAAGAACAUGGGAAGAAGGACGUAGAAGAUCAGGAUUGGCGAAGUUUUAGAAAGAGCUACUGUGACGAUGAGGUCAUCUACGAGAAUGUCAAGGUUUGCCGGAAGUGUGGACACCAUACGGUCAAGUUAUAGCGUAGUGUAUGUGUUGAAAAUAAUUGUUGUUGUAGUCAGUUUUGUAAGAGCUUUGUUGUUAGAAAUAUUGAUGUUGGUCCAAAGAUCACUUUCAAGGUUGUUAGUUGAAAAAUGUACAGACGGUGAUCUUCAAAUGAGAAAUUUCAUGAAGGCCAUCAGUACUAUCUGAAAUAAUUACUCAUAUAGAAAGAACCAAUCACUUACUCCCUGGCAAAUACUUCUGCUGUGCAUGUCAAUAUAAGAAAACUCUAAUCAUUACUAGUAGCUUUAUUCACACCUGGUUGAACAUAAAUCAUGUUGAAACAUUAAACAGUUAUAGUAGGAAAUGACUCCAAAGAAAAAAAACCCUUAACAUGUGCUAGCAUUAAGGAACAUAAUAGAAAUAAGGAAACCAGCCCGAGCAACAACAAGCCACUUAAUCACAUUUACCGACAGCAAGUCAACAAAAUACCGCCGCCUCACGAAAAGCGCGUUGUUCGUGGAAAAUUAGCAAAACUUCCUAAUUGCUCGCCAUACCAGGAUAUCGUAGCCGCGAGUGUAGUAAAUCGUAACCAAUUAUAACCACAAAUAAAGUCCCAGAGCCCAGUUGAAAGUCGUUGCACUGGUAAAAGCA